CUGAACGAAAAAAUGAAGGAGCCCAUCAGUUACACCAGUUUCUACAUUCCCGAGUUGAAUAAUGACUUCGACGCUGAACGUUUCCUCAACUGGCUCAAGCAACGCAACACCAUGGGGAAGGUAAGCUCCCUGCUCCUUUUCGAACUCUUCCCGCUCUUCUUGCACUAG